AUGUCCGAGUCCGAAGUUGUUAAACUCGAUUUUACAUCGUUAGAAAUAUGGCCGGCAGAUUCGUCUUCAUCAUUGCCAUCGUUUGAUCCAGAAUGUUUAUGUGUUUUACAUAUUGAUAUUGAUGAUCAGUACCCUGAACAAGGAGAUCUUCUUGCACUGACAGCAUUAACUAAAUCAAAUUUUAUUCCAGCUGUGUUAGACACUUUCUGGCUUGAUGAAACAUACCGACGAGCGGUGAUUGACACUCAAUAUUCAAAAGUACUCAAAGGUUUUCCAUUAAGUUUCAUUUAUGGAAAACAAGUAACGAAUCAGUUGAAAAAUAAUUUUUUUUUACGACGAUUUCAAAAUGGAGUACAUCCAAUAAAUGAAAGUAAUCUUGAACAAAUUAGGAAAUCGAUAUUUAUCAAAGGAAAAGAAGCCAUUGAUCUCCUAGCGGUUCAACUUGGAACGAAAUCAUUCUUUUUUGGAAGCAACCCGUCAAGCUUCGAUUCUCUGAUAUUUGGAUAUUUAGCUGCGUUGAUAAAAAGUCCAGCAACUGCAAACAGUCCACUGGCGCGUUAUGCAAGUAAUCACACAAAUCUUCGAAGUUUUGUCGAUCGAAUAUCGAUCAACUAUUUAUACCGAUCAAAACCGUAUGACGAACAAGUAUUAUCAACCGAAAAUGAACCAAAUGUUAAAAACACAACAUCAAAACCAAAACAAGCAUCAGAGGAACGUUUAAGAGAUAAAAUAGCUGUUAUCAGUAUUGGAAUUUUAACAUUAUGUGCCUAUGCUUAUUUAUCUGGUCUCAUUCGAAUUGAAAUACACGAAACUGAAUGA